UCCAAAACAAAGUGUGUAAAGCUGUUAUUACGGUGAGUUUAUAUCGGCAAUCAAGCCAAAAGCAGCGCUACUGAUGGAGGACGACGGCUCUACCGGAGCCGAGGCCGGGAUCCGGGGACUGGACCUCGGGGAGGAGUGGAAAGCGUCCCACGAAGCGCUCGCGUUCAUGUCCGGCAUUGAGCCUGCAGAGCUGCUGAAGUGCACGUUUUCAGACUCUCUGGUGACGGUGUCAGAGGGCGGCCGAGAGCUGGGCAAGUUCACGGUGACGGCGGAGGUUACCCGUCGGGUCCAGCAGCCCUGCAUGCUCCUGCACGCUCAGAGCCAGGGAGCCAUCAACGACUCCCCCUGUGGGACCACAGUGACAGCCUACCUGACCACAGACCUGGAGGUGCUGGAGGAAGAUUACCACGAGUACGUCAAGCUCGAGGGCCACAGUUUGGACCGGAGGUGUCACAUGGUGCAGCGUGACGGGAAGAUGCUGAUCGAUAAAGUUACCACAGUGGGAGAGGAGACGACAAUGGAGAGCGUUUCUCACCCCAUGUCUGUUCUGAGCGGGCUCGUUACCGAGGGGUCCAGCUUGCUGCUGAUGCGACUGAUGGCUCUGAGGAAGACGGUCCCCGAACACAUGACCUUCAUCUCCUUGGACCAGGGAUUGCGCAUCAUCCGCACCACUUUUAGCGAGCUGGCGCCGAAGCAGCUGGAGGUUGGCGAUGAGACUGUGGAGGUGUUCGGGGUGGAGAGGAUUGUUCACUCCGUGGAGGACGGCCCCACUACCUGGCAGUGCUACUUCCUGGCUGAUGGGCACAUGGCCAGCAGGGUGCAGGUGGGCUCACCGGUCACCAUGAGGCUUCUGCAGCUGCAAUCACAGCCGAAAGGAGGUUUUGAGAAGAUCCCUCUGGUUUUGGAAGAAGACAUGCAGAUGCACUCCAACUUUUUGGCCAGAAAGGAGGAGCUGAAGGCGGACCAUGCCUCGUACCUGAGGCAGCAUCCAGAGAUCCGUGUACUCAUGUCUGACUUUCUGCAGUUUUUGCUGUUGAGGAAACCAGAGGACGUCUUCCAGUUUACCAGAGAGUACUUCCUCCCCUUCGCCUCCCGCCAUCCUCCAGAACCGAGCCUGGAAGCCCCCCCACACUGAAGGCUCACCUCAGUGUUUACCUGUUGAACACAGCCUUUGAUAGCUUCCUGAUCAUUUAUCCUUUCAACUUGAGAUUUAAUUUUAAAAUGUGCAUCUUGUCUCUUUUUGACAGAUGACUCGUAGCCUAUAUCAGGAAAUGUGUUGGGGACACGCGUUAGAACAAAAGACUUAACACCUGAGCUGUGAGAUCUUUAAUACUGUGAAUAAAGUGGUUUGUUUCAAACUGUGUUUGUAAUUUCAGUAUUGGCAGCUUUGUCUGAUCAAAGUUGUCUGGGCAAUGGUUUCAGAAGCGUCCAAACCGGAAACAGCUUCAAGGUCUACAUAAAUAAAGUGUAAAGUUUAAAAGAA